AUGUCACGAUUAUUUACUACCCUGGUAGUGGCCGGGAUUGGUGCCAACCUGGCCAUGGGAAUGCCGUAUGAUCAGGAAGAGCAAAACCGGAACGCUGACUGCGAUAAUGGUUGCUUCUUCGGCAGCUUUCCAGGGGGCUCCUGCACAAAUGAUGCUGCAUGCAUGUGCACCCAGCAAAAGUAUCGUGAGAGAUAUUUCUGCUGCAUGGCCCAAAAGUGCGCCGCAUCUGUCUUGCCCGAUUCUAUACAACGACAGACUCUAGAGUGCGAGGCUCGGAAUAUGCCCUUCACAUUCGACAUUGAGGCGGUAUGUGGCAUCAAAUUGACGACCUCCACGUCUGCUGCCCCCGCCGUCACAGUGACUGUUACUGCUGUGGCGGGAACCCAGUCCUCCAUGCCAUCAGCAUCCAACGGCUCAUCCGCCGUGUUGACUAGCACGUUGGCUUCAACGCCUGUAAUCGCACCCACAUUGAGUGCAGGCGUGAACACACCCACUGCUACACCGAGCACCGGAUCUGCGGAUCAAUUGUUGGCGCGGGGCUCUAUUGUGCUGGCAGUAGCCGGCUGGAUGCUCUGGUAA